AUGGCCAAUCUCGAUCUCCCGGCCUUUGGCAUCCGCGACCUGAACGGCCCUACGUCUCCUCCGGGACUCGUCCAGAUUACCGCCUCACAGUAUGACAGCACCAUCCAUAGCCAGCCUGAUGCCGUCCUUUCCUACAUCGACCUCGAUGACGGUGAGCUUAUCACCGUCGGGAGUUCCUUCGAGCUGCAACAGCGCCUGGAAGAGCCUGUACCUCCCUCAGCCACCCAUGUCCCUUCCCUCGUUCUAGACUUGGCCCCGGUGAGAGCUGCAAGAGAGGCCAAGGAAAACCGACUGGUGCACAUCUUUGACAUCCGGCACACUAGUGGGAGUCUGGCUGUGUGGAGAGACCAUGAGGCAUAUACCAGGAAGAAACUACGGGAUCGAGAGUCUCCGUCGCCGUCACGUCCAAGUACAAGAGUUUCCAGUCCACACAAGGCAUCCUCAUCCAGGUUCACUCUCAACAAAGCAGUCGACCAGGACACACUGGACAGAAGUCCCACUGUAACACUUCAGUCAGCUCAGGUUUCGGACACUACCACGAGCAAUGAGAGCAAGACUGGUCACUGCCCCGCCGCACAACCAGUCAUCUCUGGUGACAGUGAGACUUCGACACAGACGGACAAGGCCCCUGCGAGUCCGCUUGCCCGCCUUGAAUCUCACCUAGAGCCUUUGGCCGACUUUCUCGAAUCCACAGCGGAGGGCCUGCGAAAGCUUGCAGAAAAGACUGCAGAGGCUGAUACGACCCCUGUAGAGAAUGUCUUGUGUGGGUUUAAGAACAUUCUGAAAGAAGCGGGCGAAUUCGGGCUUGAUCUUUUGGCAACACUUGUGGACGAGGAACUAGAAAAGAACAGAAGGGUGGGAGUUGGCAUGGCUAAUGGAGCCGCCUCUAGUUCAGAAAUCCGGGAAUCCUCCUGCCCCUCCAGUACAACCGAGAAUCCCAGGGGAGAAGACAAGCUUGAAUCUGAUGUUGAUCCCUCUGAAAAGAGAGUCAGCUUCGUCGACGCAACGCCUACAGAACCGCCUCACAUGAAGCUGAACCAUGCGGUACCCGAGGCCCUGAAGAGACGCAGCUCCUCUUCAGAAGUCCAGGCAUCAAGCCAACCUUCGUCUGUACUUCCAACAGACGCUCAACAACCACAUCACAGUCCCUAUCCCUCGUCGAAGAUUCCCUUACCACCCUUGUUCGCUCGUUACGUGCCUGGUGCACCAGUCCAGUCUGUUGGAAACUCCAUUAUUGACUCGCAGCCAUCUGAUUCCGAUGUUCUGACCCGAUAUCCGCCCCUACCGUCUCUCCGCAAAGCCGUCAGUGUCAGCGGAUUGCACAGCAAGUCUGGAUCAUCCAGUAGCUACCAACGCGGCUUGAGCACUACAUCCGCCCUGUCUCGCUAUCCCAGCAUUGGCCAAUUUGAAGAGCAAUCACGUGCAAACCCUCGAGCCAAUCUCGACUCGAAGCAAAACUAUAGUUACAGCCGUUGGAGCAGUCCGAUGUGGCCACUGGUCCCACAAGUCCCUAAGAAGACCGACGUCUACAAGAAGCCCACAGUCGAAGAUGAAGAUGAGCCUGCCCCUGCGCCACAGACAGAAGUAGCAGGCAAAAUAAAGGCUCCUGGCACUCAAGAUGUCCCCAAGUGGCCUCCUGUGCCACUCCCCGGCGCGUGGCCUGAGCCAAAGCCUGAGCAACAGCCCGAGCCAAAGCGUGAGGAUCGCACCAAGAAAGGGUUCGAUACCACGGCUGACACUAGCAAUAUGUCCAAAGAUCUCCCGCAGUGGCUGCUAGGGGGAGGUCGAGGCUCAUUUACUGGCGGUCUUUCACAACGGACUAGCAGCCCUGAUGCCAUGACAUACUCUCGCGGACCGGUCUUUCCCAGAAAGUCCCAGACAGUCAGUAGCACCAACCCCUCAGCGAGACUUACUGGACCAUUCGAUCCUCUCGCACACAUUCCCGUCCUGCAACCGCGACCCCAACGAUCGCAGCCAGACUUGUCUGCGUCCAAGGUAGGCUUUCUGAAUACUCGAGUCAAUCCAGCCUUUACUGGACCUCUACCACAACGGAGCCACACCCUUCAUCAUACUGAUCGUUACAAACCUCGUGAUACUGCUCCGUACCAUAACCCUAGGUACAGUUCCUGGGAGAACUAUUUGAAGAACAAUCGCAGCACGGCCGCGAACUCUAGCCUGACCUACUAUCCCUUGCGCAAUCCAUUUUCCGACGAGUCAAAAUCUGGACCCGCACCUCCCACUACGUUCAACCGUCCAGUACCCCCGGGUACAAGACCACCUAUUGUCCCGCUUCAGAGACCAACGCGGCCAUUGAAUAGGACGCAGCCAAUCGCAGACCAAAACAUGCAUUCUCCCUCAGCUGGAUCUCCACCAUCAGUACCACAAUUUCUUCGCGCUUCCCCUCCAGAAAUUAUUAGGGUAGGACCACCAAACGUCAAUGCUACCUCCGUACCAUCACCUCCGACCCUACCUGCACCGCCUCCGGCUGCUGUAAUCUCGCCACCAGCGCCGGCAGCCAGUACUGUCUCUCGUUCGUCUUCGAUCCUUUCCCCGUGCCCACCAGCUUUCACUCGUCCUCGCGGUCGCUCAGGGGCCUCUCCACCGGCGCCAUUUUCAAGCAAGUCAGUUGACGAGUGCGUCAAGGCGCUGAAAGCUAUGGGCUUCGGCAGAGACGAUGCGAACGAGCUAGCUCGUCUGAACGUCUAUGCGGGAAUGGCCGCAGGCGAUAUCGAGCUCGCAAUUGAGUUGAUCGAGGAAGAUCGUCAAGCCGCCAAAGAGCUUGGAAAGGUAGAGCACAUUGAGAUCAGCAGGGAUCUGGAGAAGGAGGCCGAUGUAGAGGAGAAUCCCUGGGAAGAUUAA